AUGUUGGAAAGGGAAUGGCCCAUUUGGGCAGCUUGGGACAAUCACCCUAGUCUGUCAAACCAAGUUUUGGUGGGAGGAUCCUCUGUGUCGCUCGCUUGGACUGUGAUUGCGUUUCUCUGUCUCCAGCGGAUCUCUGGAGGAGCUGCAGGCAGUGAGAUCACAUCCUCGCGAUGCAUCUGCCAGCGAGUCAGAGAGCGAUUACUAGUCCAUAACUCCGGCUCAAUCUGCGACAUAAUACGCGCCACCUUUCAGGACUACGGCGUAGCGGCAUAUAAACGCGUUGAUUUCAGAUUCUAUUCGCAGUGUGUGAAACCGAGCGCGAUGUGGGCCAGGAACGAUUUUGAGGACGGAUUCGACGCUUAUAAAAUAGGUUCGAGCACGUCCUCCUCCAAGCAACUCCUGGAUGGGUCCCAGGCUGCGACUCUUCUGCCACAGGAAUUAGCAGCCGCGGCGACGUCACAAGGGGGUGAAAUACGCGCUGCCUCAGACAGUGGUGAUACCGGCAUCGGAACCUCGUGUUCGGACCGCGUAGAAGACCACUCCAGCUCCAGCGGCACAUUGUCCUUCCAGCCUCUGCGCUCACAAGGUCCCAUCCCCACAGCCCACGUCAUGCCAUCUCCGUCCAGCUCCAAACUCGGUGUGCCCUCUGCCCCCACCAGCCCCUGGAGCAGCUGCCAGCUCCCUUCUCCCCUCGACAGCCCCCUGGACAUGAAAGACCCUCGGCCGGUGCGCCGCUGGUCCUCCCUCACCCGUCUUACCGGCCAGGAAAAGUCCGCCCCUUCCGGGAGACCGUCGUACCGAAUGGAUCCGCAUGGAUCCCUGGAUCGAGGUGUGCUCUACGGCUACCGACAGGACCCUCUUUAUUCAGACGGCUUUCUCUCUGAGAGCCUGCACAAACUUUCCACCAACUCUGACUUUACUAAGUACGACCUGGGCAGCAGUAACACCCUGGGUAAAACAGACUCGUCUUGCUCCUCUCCGCUCAAACCCAGCACAUUAGACCUCUCCUAUAGUGCCUUACCAGAGAGCAAGACGCCCACGAUGGGCCUGGCAGUCCCCGGGCAGAGAGGUCCCACACUCAGGCACCAGGCCGUGGGAGGGUCACCCAUCCAGCCGGCCGUAAGGACUCAGAUGUGGCUAAGCGAGCAGAUGGAGUACCGGCCGGGGCCAGAGGGAUGUGGCUCGUGGCAGCAGGAACAGCAGCAGCGAGAGCGACUACGACAGGAAGGAGAACUCCCACAGAUGCCGGGUGGAACGUCUCUCCCUGUCAAUACCCUGGUAAAGAUUAAGGAGGGACUCCUGAGGCAGAGAGAACUGGAGAUUGACCGGCAAAAGCAGCAAAUCCUCCAACUCCAUGCGAGGAUCAGGGAAAACGAGUUAAGGGCGCAACAAGUCAUCCAAAACCACAGGGGGCGCUAUGACGACUCAUAUCUGCUCAAAGCUAAGGACUCUCCAUAUGACAGUCCAGUAUCCAGCCAGAGUCCGAAGUCCACGCUGCCAGAGCGCAUGAGUCCCCUGUGCUGUGAGAACGGAGAGCUGGGCCGUAAACUAGCUAUGGCGGAGCUGGAGGUCAUCCACCUCAACGAAUUUCUCAAACAAAACACACAGAAAUACACUGAAGAUAUCAAGAAGCUGGAGGAGAAGAUGAAAACACGUGACCGCUACAUCAGCAGUCUGAAGAAGAAGUGCCAGCGUGAACAGGAGCAGAAUCUAGAGAAGCAGCAGCGCAUCGAGACGCUGGAGAAGUACCUGGCAGACCUGCCCUCGCUGGACGAGGUCCAGACGCAGGCUCAGCAGUUGCAGGAAGUGCAGGGGAAGAAGCAGGCUUUGGAGGAUACCGUCGGCCAGCUGGAGAAAACCCUGGAGGAAAACAGAGCCCUGAGAAAGAAAGGCACUAAAGACGCCCUCAUCGAGACCCAAUCCAAGCGGGAGAAAGAGCUCAUGGCUGCUGUUCAAAGCCUACAAGAGAAAGUGGAGAAGUGCUUGGAGGAUGGAGUACGGCUGCCCAUGCUGGACCUGAAGCAGCUGGAAAGGGAAAACACUCGCCUGCUAGAACAACAGAGCCAGAACAGCCUGCUGAUUGGCAAUCAGAAGCAGCAGAUUGACAACCUCGCUCUAGAGAUGUCGGCCCUGGAAAAGAAGUUGCAGAGGGAGAGGGGAAUCACGCAGGAGCUCCGCAAACAGCUCUUGGAACGCGAGGAGGAACUUGAAACCCUCUCCAAAACUCUUCAGCAGAACCAAAGACGGGCAGACGAGGAGACACUGAAUGUGAGCCCCGGGCCCCUGUUGAAGGAGAUGUCCCUGUGUCUGCUGGAUCUGAAGGGUCUGUGCAGUGUCCUCACAGAGAGAGCUCAAGGCAAAGAGCCCAACCUGGCCCUGCUGCUUGGCAUCAAAUCUAUGAGCUGCUCGGCGGAGGAGAGCGAGAAGCCGCUGAUGGAGGACGGUUUGCGGGCCAAGCUGGUGGAGGUGUGCCAGCUGAGGAAAGACAUUGACGAGCUGCGGACGCUCAUCUCAGACCGUUACGCACAGGACAUGGGUGAAAACUGUGUGACGCAAUGAGGGCCGACUCUGCAGAGGCUUCCAUUUCCAGCUCGUCAGGACAGACGGCGCUCUCAGAGCUCAUAAAGGGAAAAUAAAGUCAACCUGAUGCAAACAAACAAGGUCUUUCUGACUACUAAAGGUUGGACCAAGCUGUGAAUCCAGUUUACAAGGACGUCGUUACAAGAAGUUUCUUGUUUUUUCCUGUAGACGUUGAAUUUUCAAUGAGUUUGAGUGUUUUCAUGUAUUUAUUGAGACUGCUUGAGGUUGAGUUCCUCACACUGUUCCUGUCAGUCGUCUUUGAGGGCAAGUAGAGCAACUGGUGUCCUAAAGUGCCUUGUGUUCCUUUUUGUGUACCUCCAAACUUCAUGGACGUCAGUGAUUUAUUUUUUUUUACCCAAAGAAGCUUGUCCAUUCUUUACCCAACAGCUGCAGGUCGCAGGUCGACGUUCAGGACUCUACAUUAAAAGAAAAAAAACAUGAGAAACAGCAGCAUUUGUAAGGUCCCUAUUCGCCAACAUCCUGCAUCUCAUCUGAGUUUUGGGUCUGUUGUCUUUUUGCAGUUUAGUAUAUUUGCGCUUCCAUAAAAGCUAGCAAUGUUCCAUUUCAGAAUAAAUGACAGCAGAGGAAUCCAGGUUAAUCUAUUCAGGACACUGAUUAACUAUUUUUAAUUAGAAUAAAAUAUGAGCUGCUUUUUUAAUGCUGCGGCACAGUUCGGUUCAGAGCAAGUUGCACAUGUUGAGUUCCAAAGGCAAACAGGAAACAGAAUGUUCUGCACUUCCUGUUACGCUUAUGACAUUUUAUAUACUCCAGAUAACACACAUAUAUUCCUUGUUAAAUUUAGGAAUAUGGAUGAAAUCAAUGCAAAACUUGUUCACUCAGGUAUUUUAAGAGUUUCUUUUAUUCGUCGUUGUUGAUCUGAAUAGUUUCAGAAGUGUCAGCAAGUUCAUUUUGACCCCAAGCUCAAUUUUUUAUAGUUGAUAAUGUAAAGUCCAGCGAUGCGGUCAUGUCAAGCUUUGCACACAUAUUUGUACCAAGGUGACGAAUGUUUAAGAUAUUUACAGUACAAGCGUCUAUAUAGUGCUUAUUUAUUGUGACUACUCCCAUUGUAUUUAAAGUAUAUUAAGCAUGUUUUGAAUUUAAAAUGGAGGUUUUGUCAUCAUGUGCUUAUAAUAUCUUGUGCAUGCGCAUAGGUUUAGAAUUAAUUUAUAUUUAAAGAAGGGACUAGACUAAGGUAACUAAUUAGACGUAUGCUGCGCUAUGCAACCUCCCGUUAACCAGCAUUUAUCUGCAGAUAUGUAAUAUUAUUCUGUGCCUUUACAAAUCUAUGCAGCAGAACCACAGGAUGAAAUCGAAGGGUAUUUUCCAUAACUGGAAGAGACCGAGUUUAUUUCAUAAAGGUGCAGGCGAGCAAAGCCAUAUUCACAAGCAAUGCAUAUUUAUUCUCAGGCAGAGUGCUGCUCAUAACCUGAUGGAGAAUGUAUGUGGUGUUGUACAGUGUGAUAGCAUGCUGACUUGUGUAUAUAGGAAUACAAGAGAAACGUGCACUGAUUGACAUGACCCACUCACUGCGCACUGAAAGCCACUGGUUGGUUUAACAGUAGGUUUGACUUCUUAAGCUUUUAAUUUUCCAGCUAGAUUUUACAAAUGCCAAAGGUCUAUUUAUGUACGAAGUAUUAACUAUUUUUCCAUUUUGUAAACUGCUUUUCAUUUGUACAAAUGUCAAAUAAAGUAUUUUUCUACA